ACUCUGCGUAUUUCGAGUCUGAUGGUCAAGGCCAUUUGGGUCUAGUGGUAUUUAGUUAGACUAUUUGAAAAUGACAGAAAAUAUAUCUUUAGGCAAACAGUCAAGGUCCACGCUGUUCAAUCGUUUAGUGUCGACAGACUUGCAUUCUCAACGUUAAAGGAUGUUCCCCAAAGGCAUACAAUUCGCUAAUAAACCUUGGAAGUGUGCAGUUGAACUACUUCAUCAGAUACUUAAUCACCACCCCACUAUCAUUUCUUUAAGUGGUGUUCAUGAUAUACCGAGUCUGACAAAGUUAUGGGAAGGUUUUAUCACGGAUGUGAAACCUAGAAUGGUACAACCGUCGACCGUGUACAAAUUGAUGCGGGAAUUUUUAGAUACAAAUUUCGUCGAGGCAAACAUUGACUUUCAUACCUGUUUAUCCUCCCUCUUAUCAGCAAAUUUAUUCAUACGAUAUAAUGAAUUGGACACGUAUACUCUGGGAUUAUUAAUUUCGACUAUCAAGGAAAAGUGUGAUCAUUUUGUAGCUCGACGGCUUUUCUCGCAUUUCUAUGAACCUAUCCUAUCUUUGAAGUUAAAUAUUUCAGAGGACGGCACAUAUUCGAUUUCUCAAAUGGAACUUAUUAAUCGACUCGAACAGUUAACUAACUAUUGGGUAACAUAUUUAUCUAGCGAAUUUCCCUGUAAUAUAUCCAAAUUCGAUCCAGCUCACUUUUUAUUCGAUUGGAUUAGAUUGGCAUAUUGUUUAACUGUUAGUGGCAUAGUUCAUAAGAGGAUGAAUUAUUUCAAUGUUGGCGUGCAGUUUUUAGUUGUAAUAAAAUCAAAGAAUGUGCAACAAUAUGACAGUUUUAUAAAAUAUCUUAUUGACGAAUUAUGGAAUUCAUUGGCAAGUUUAUAUCUCCGAGCAACAGAUCUUUCCUCAAAAUCACCUUUAUCUGGUAGUGAGGAUUCGUCCAAUUCUGCAAACAUUAGCUCUUAUAUUCAGGGUUCUGCAGAUCAAGAUCUUGUUGACUCUUAUUAUCAGGAAUUCGGCAUACUUUUAAAACUCUCUCGUUUAACUUCUAAUUUAAAUUGUUCAACCAAACUUGUGAUCGACGAUCAAACUCUUGAUAAGCUGACUUGUCUCAUUUUUGACCGUCUAGCAACUCUUUGUUUUUAUCAAAGUGAUAUCACUGUGUACAACCAUCCAUUCGUCUACCAUGCUUUAUUCAGCGAAGAACAAUCAGUAUCUGUAAAUAAUUGGUCCGAGUUUUUGUUGAAGCCUUUGGCAAAUUUUACAUAAAGAUCACUACUUUUCUUUCUUGUUUUAUUAAUUGUAUAUAUAUAUUUGAAGUGAUACUAAUUUGUUACACGAGUUCAUUUAUUUCAUAUGCGGUGGCGCUUCCAGUGUCUGUUAACCAUUUACCAAGGUUAGAAGUGAAGUGCGCAUAAGGAAGUUUUGCGUUCUACUAGGAUGUUAGUGAAUAGUGAGUUUGAUCUAAUCAUGUGUGUGAUGUAGUUGUAAACGUCUAGUCACGUGUUUUGGUAUCAGAGUCAGCUUUCAACAUUGUGUAGAGGGGUAUCAGUUGCUUCGUUUUUUGUCGAAGUUAAACUUUUCUGCAUACAGUGUGAAAUUAAGUCAUCUUCCAAGCAGUUAAUACUAGGUUUUGAUAUUUUCAUGCUACUUACCAACUCGUGUCGAACGAUGACUUAUUGGUUAAUUAAUUCGAAUUUUCGAUCGGUCACAGGUUUAACUCUCUAUCUAGUUUGGCUGAUGACACUAGUCUUUACGCGACAGUUUGGCUCAGUACUGAGUACCAAAACAUGUACUUGGUAAAUGAGUAUAUGUAUAACGGGUAAUUUGAAAAGUAUAUUUAUUCUCAUUUGUAUGAUUGAUAAAGUGGAACAAUAAUUCAGGGCUUAAGGUGUCCGGCUUUUAGCUACUAAGUAGCAGUUCUGAACUUCACUCUUCGCACUUCAUUUUGGGCAACCGUAUAGUAUCACUAGCCCUAACACUUAAAGUAUGGCUCUAAUUCAAUUACAUGAAUCUAAAUGAAACAGUUGCUGCUUUCAUCAAGUGUUAGAGUAUGUUACGGGAAUUACAAAUUUGAUAGUUCCAUAUAGUUAAAUGUAGUAUUCUGCUUACUACCAUGCAUAACCUGUGCUGUUUAGGGUUUUUUGCGCACAAUCUCGAAGGUUUAAAAAAAGAUCAAGUUCAAUGCAAUUGUUUAAACAUUAUUAAAGUGACUGCAUAAAAAGUAAGACAUUUAUGUUACUAACAUCGUCUUGAAGAAUAACAGUAA